AUGAAUCUGAUGCUGGGUUUUGAUGUCGGGAUGUGGCUAGAGGAGAUAAACUUGGGAGGCUACCGGCGGAUAUUCAAAGAGAACGGCGUUAACGGAGAAUAUCUAGAGAGCAUGUCUAUGUUCACAACCGAACAGAUCCUCCGCUUCAUAAGGAGGUGUCACAUGAAACGGGGAGACUUCAUCAGCCUCUGCAAAGAGCUGAGACGGAUUAAAGUGGCAUGCUUGAAAGGCGAGCAGAAGGUUCGACGGCCAUGGUGGGCGCCUUCUUGCCUCUCGGCAGUCUUUGUCAAGGCGGCCAGACGGAACCGGCAAUCUCGUGUUGUAUCCCUCAAGCUGGAACCCUAACUGGGACUUGGCUUUUAUGCUCUUGCCGGUUUUACAAGAAAGAGAGAGAAAAAUGUGGGUUUGUUUGUAUUGUAGUUUCUUUGAUCAACUCCUUUUUUUUUUUUUACAAACUUGCUGUGAAUCCUGGCUGUGUAAUAUGUUGGUCAUAAAAGCUUAUGCCAUAUGUA